AUGGAAAAGGCGGAAGUGAUAAUAGUAGAAGCAACUAUACGAAAGAUUCUUACCGCAGAGACAAUUACAGAAGAGGUAAAGAAGGAGGUGGAGGAGAAGGUGGAAGAGGAGGUAGAGGAAGAGGAGGAGGAAGAGGAGGAGGUGGAAAAAGAGGCGGAGUAUUAUUGCAAACAAAAAGAACAUCGAGAAGACCCGACUAGAGUGCUUAGAGAUUACGUUAAAGCUUUUAAAAAGCUGUUAGCAAAGCUUUAUACUCGAAUAUCAGACCGAUAA